UGUGCGCGCGUCGGUGAGUGAGGGUGGCCGUCUAUGCCCGCUCUCUCUCUCUCUUUCUCUCUCUCUCAUACCCUCUCUCAACUUCUCUCUCCCUCACCCGCGCGAUUCCGUUGUGCUUCAAAAUUCCGCGUUUUCUAUGAGUGAUGAGUGUCUAGUGGUGCCCCCUGACCCCGACCUGCCGAGGCCCGCCCCGCGCUGAGCCGUUACCCCUAGAGUACUGUUGACUUUCCCCCAGACGCGCGGCACAUGCGGUGCCCGUGAAGGACGCCUGAGUGACGUAGUGUGAGGGCGCAGCGGCCACAUGAGUGUGCGGCGGGACAACAGGAGCGGCGCGGCGGCCCCCGGCGGCUUGCACGCCAAGCUGAGCCACGACCGCCACAACCACGAGCUGCUCAAGCAGCGCCUGGCCACCCACGCCACCCACGCCCCCAGGAAGCAGCCUGCCCACUCCACGCCGGUUAAGGGCGCGCCCACGGAGGGCGUGGCCAGCCCCGGAGGUCGGGCGGGGCCUCGUGGGGGCGGCAAGGGGCGGGUGGAGGCCAGCCCAAAGUCCUUCCUACGCCCCACCUCCAGCUCGGCGAUGAAGGCAGCGGGCGGCGCCGCCCACGCCGCCCCUGCCCCCCGCCGCCUGGACUCCAACAGGCGGCCCCAUCCACAGGCCACCCGCAAGGCGGUGGUGGGUGACGCCCACGCCCGGCGGGCCCAUGCACGCGCCAAGCAGGGCGACAAGGAGGAGGACUGUGGCGAGGCCAAGCAGCGGCAGGACAGCCAGCCCGAGACGCCCGACAAGGAUCAGAGGGACUCCCCGCCGCCCACGCCCACACCUGCCCCGUCCACACCUGCACCUGCAUCACCCACACCUGCGACACCCAAACCCUCGCCUGCACCUGCCUCGCCUGUGGCUUCCGCCCCGAACGUCACGCCUCUUAGCUACCCUCCCCCCUCCCCGCAGCCAUUCCCCCCUGCCGCUGUUCAGACCGGCCCCUCGCCUUCUCCUCUCCCCUCUCCCGCCUCCCAGCCUGGCCAGGCCCCGCCCACGCCCACGUCUGGGCCGGAGAGCCGCCAGGAGGCCAAAGCCCAGCCGCCGCCCCAGACGUGUUCACGGCCCGUGGGGCUACAGGCUGCGCCCGCGCCCAGCAGGGAGGCCGUGCUGCGGGGCGUGCGGGCACGGGUGGGGGAGGCGUCGCGGGGCGGGGGCGUGGACGCGGACAAGGACGUGUGCGAGGCGGCGGCGGAGGAGGAGGAGGAGUUUUACCGCGUGCGGGUGAGGACCAGACUGGUGAGCUACGACAACAGCACACUGGUCAUCAGGAACACCUCCAGGGGGGACGCCGCGCCCCCAGACCCCGCCCCACUCCCCUGCCGCGACCCUGAGCCCCAGCCACAGCCCGCCACGACCCUCCCAGAGGCCCACGAGGACCACCAGCCCCCUGCUGGCCCGCACCCCCCGGCCCAGCCAGACCCCAGUCCCCCCGUCCAGGCCUCCCCCUCCCACCACACUCCGCCCACGCCGCUGGUGUCCCAGCCAGCCAUGGUGGCCGCCCCGCCCGCUGUAGUCAACGUCUCGCCCGUUCAUGCUCGGGCGACCUCCGCCCAGCUACACGCCCACGCGGGGGCCGUGGCGGGGGCCGUGGCAGGGGCGGGGGCGGGCGUGAAGCGGCGCCUCACGCUGCUGGUGAAUCGUGGGCGUAACUUCUUGGCGGAGGUGUACAGCGCCACGCAGAGCCGCCUCGACCAUUACAGAGCGGAGGGGGCGCCGCGCCCAGGCCCCCCGCGCUAUUCACACGCCACGCCGCCCCCCUGGAAGUGGAGGUGA